AUGGGUUUAAAAUUAUUUGGGGAAAACAAUUUACUUGCCCGAGCCAAGGAGCUAUCUACAAGAAUAUUGACUAAUAAGAGAGUCCUUGUAAUACUAGAUGAUGUUUGUGACAGACUUGAACUGAAUGAAAUUGGAAUUCCAUUUGGAGAUGAUCACAAGGGUUACAAAAUUGUGUUGACUUCAAGAAGUGAAGAUGUAUGCAACCACAUGGGCACUCAUGAGAAAAUUACAGUUCAAGUCUUACCUGAAGAAGAAUCAUCGAAUCUCUUCAAGCAGAUGGCUGGAAUUUGCAAUGACACAAGUCACACAACGGAUCUACAUUCCACACAGAAGGCUGUUGCAAAGGAAUGUGGAGGUAUGUCGAUUGCGAUUGUUACGGUUGGGUGGGCACUCAAUGGUAGAGAGAAGCCUUCAUGGGAUUAUGCUUUUACACAAUUACAAAAGUCUAAUGGCAAAAACAUGAAGGGAGUAGAUGGAAAUUUUUUUUCAAUCUUUGGAGUUGAGUUUCAAUUACUUAGAAAUAUUCCAAUUGAAGAUCUUGUUAGAUAUGGGAUUGGGCUCGAGUUGUUUGAGGGUGUUGGUACUGUGGGCGAAGCGAGAAACAAAGUACAUGCCUUUGUUGAUGAUUGCAAAAAAAGCUAUUUAUUAAUGGAUUUUGAAAGAUAUAACGUAAGACAAGAGUGUGUUGAAAAGCAGGAUGAUGUAAUAUCAAUAAGUGGCUUGGAAUUCAAAAUAUCAUGGGAUGAACUACUUGACUCUCUUAGAUCAAUUGAAGUCAAUGACGAAAGAAACGAGUGUGUUAAAAUGCAUGAUGUAAUACGUGACGUCGCUAUAUCAAUUGCAUCCAGGGAGGAACAUUCAUAUAUGGUAAGAUGUGAUGAGGCAGUGCAAGAUUGGCCAGAGAAAGAUCGACAAAGAAAUUACACUGUAAUUUCAUUGAGAUGCACUGGUAUGCACAGCCUGCCUCAUUAUUUGGAACUUCCAAAUCUCCAGCUUUUACGGCUAGAGUACCACCAUGAAUUACCAGAAACGCCAGAUUGUUUUUACCAAGGGAUGCAGGAGCUCAUGCUUGACCAAUCUUCGAACCUUGUCAAUAUAUCAUUGUAA